UGUGUAUUUUAAUUAAUUUUUUGAAAUUUUGAGAAGUGUGGCAUUGGUUCUCCCAACAAGGGAAAAGACCACUUCCUUUGUAGAGGAAAAAAAAUCAAGAUCAAGAACCCAAAGGCUGUGGGAUUCUGAUGGAUCCAAAGUUGUGAAAUGCCUUCUGACAUCCGUGUGCCCUCAUCGUGCCUUGGGAAGCAACAGUGGGAGACGGCACAGAGAGACCCAGCAGGAUGGGAAUGGAGAGCUCCUGGUGAUCUGGGCACUUUCUUCUCCAUGUUACUGACCUGGGAGGAGCUGCUUAGGACAUGGAUCCCAAAGGAGCGAGAGCUACCAGGAAGCACUGCUGAUCUGCACAGACCCCCUUUGCCUGCUGCUGCCCCACACUGAACAGGGAGCUGCUGGGGACUGCAUGGUUUGUCCCUGGAUUCUCCAACCACUGACUCCCAUCCGCUCUGACCACCCCCAGGGACCACAUCCCACUGCCUGCCCAGUGUCCAUCCAUGGAGGUGACCACCGUGUCCCCAUCUCCUGCCUCACCCACUGAAGGAGAUGAUCUCUGUGAGAUAGAUGUCACCAACGUGGCCAUUGUGACACUGCUCAUCUGCCUCUGUGGGCUGGCUGGGAACGGGGCUGUCCUCUGGCUCCUCAGCCUGAAAAUCCGUAACUCGGGCAUCUUUAACCUGGCUUUCGCUGACUUCCUCUUCCUUGUCUUCACGGUGCCCUCCGUCCUUCUCUUCCUAGUGGAGGACAUGUCCUGCUCUCUUAUUAUGCCCCUGACGUACGUGAGCUUCCUUUUCCAGCUGUCAAUGGUCUCCUUCUACUGGGCACUUUUCCAACUGGCAUUCCUCAACUUCAGGAAGGACAUGACCUUCCUCUUCGAGCUCUGCUGCUACUACUGUCACCUUCCCGAGCGCCUGUGGUGGGUGGUGGACAGUGUCCAAGACUGGGCCUUCUUUGCUCUCUUCGCUGUCAUUCCCAUGGUGACAUCCCUGUGCCCGUCACACGAGCAGGAGCAGUGCAGGGCAGCUCUCAUCUCCAUGUUCACAGUCAUCCUUCUCCUCUUUGUUGUCCCCAUGGUCAUUUCCCGCACAAUUGACAUCAUCAGGGCCAUGAGAGGCUCCAAGACGCAGCAACCCAAGAGAAGAGACAUCAUUAUCUUCCUCAUUGUGGUUUUCGCUCUUCUCAUCAACCUCUGCAAUUUCCUGCAGCAGCUCGGGUACAUCCCUGUUUCCUCCCAGGUUGUUUUCCUGCUCACCUGCAUCCACAGCAGCAUCAAACCCUUCAUCUACUUCUUGGCAGGGAGCUGCUGGAGUCCCUGCGCCAUGAGGUCCGUCAACUUGGCAGGGAGCUGCUGGAGUCCCUGCACCAUGAGGUCCCUUAGGGACUCCCUCCAGAGGGUCUUUGAGUAG